AUGUUGUACCAACCACCGACCCCAGCAGUAAUGCCUGGCAUACUUCCAAGACUAAAAGACGAACGGGCUGUCAUGCCCUUUCUGCUACGGAUUCAAACGCUGGCCGGCUUGUGGGGUGACCAUUCACAGCGGUUCCGGUUCUAUCUUAUCUUUGCCUACUUCUGCCUGCUGGUAGUGUUACCGAAGGUGCUGUUCGGUUAUCCCGAUCUCGAGAUUGCAGUGCGUGGAACGGCCGAGUUGAUGUUUGAAUCGAAUGCCUUCUUCGGCAUGUUAAUGUUCUCGUUCCAACGCAACAACUACGAACGUUUGGUGCAUCAGCUACAGGAUCUGUCCAGACAGGUUUUCGAUCGCCGCCUACCCGCCGAACUGGGUCACUAUCUCGUGACAGUGAACAAACGUGUGGAUCGAUCAUCGAAAAUCUACUGCUGUUGUCACUUUUCGCUAGCAACGUUCUUCUGGUUCAUGCCGAUCUAUACCACGUAUUCUGCAUACUAUGCUUCCGCCUCCAAUCGUUCCGAACCGAUCGAACACGUCCUACACCUGGAGGAGGAACUGUACUGGCUACGCAGUCGCACAUCGAUCGUGCACUAUACGAUCUAUGCUGCCAUCAUGUGGCCAACCAUCUACACGCUCGGGUUUACCGGUGGCACCAAGCUGUUGACCAUCUUCAGCAACGUGCGGUACUGUUCUGCCAUGCUUCGCCUCGUGGCCCUGAGAAUACACCAUUUGGAUAAUGUACGGCGUGAGGAGGCGGACAAGGAACUGAAUAAAAUCAUUGCCAUGCACCAGCGUGUGUUGAAUUGCGUGUUCCUGCUGGAGACAACCUUUCGUUGGGUCUUUUUCGUCCAAUUCAUUCAGUGCACCAUGAUUUGGUGUAGCCUGAUUCUCUACAUUGCCGUCACAGGCUUCAGCUCCACGGUGGCCAACGUGUGCGUGCAGAUCAUACUCAUAACGGUGGAAACAUACGGCUACUGCUACUUUGGAACCGACCUGACGACGGAGAGUUUCAGCGUGGCGCUAGCGGUGUACGAUAGCAAUUGGUACGCGUUUCCGAAUCCCAUGCGCCACAAGAUGCGCCUGUUACUGCAACGUGCCCAGAAGCCGGUCGGCAUUACGGCCGGCAAGUUUCGUUUCGUUAGUGUGGCCCAGUUUGGCAAGAUGUUGAAAACAUCCUACUCGGUGUACGUGGUACUCAAGGAGCAGUUCUAA